AACCGGAACAGCAAAAAGGCAUGAGAGGAGAGCGAUGCAGAAAUGAAUGGGUGCAAAAUCCUGGACAUGUUGACAGUGUUAUAUCCGUAACGUCGUCAUGUUUUCAGUAGUAUAAAACAUAUCAAAAACACCUAUGAAUUUAACGAUGGAGUGCGACAUUUUGGACUCUUUGGAGGAGCUUGGCUACGCCGGUCCUCUGCUGGAGGAGAAGGCGUUGCUCGGAGCCGCAGAGGGAGGCCUGUGCUCUCCGGAGUUUGUGGAGCUGUGCCGGUGGCUGGCCUCCAGCCUGAAGCCGCUGUGUGAUCUGGAGGAGAGCAUUAUUUCCGGUCCAGAAGACUUGGACAGCCUUCAGCUGGAGAUGAGUGGUCUGCUCAAAGAGCUGCACUGUCCUUAUGGAGAUCUAGUUUCAGGGAUUCUCAAAGGCAGUGUGCAGAAUACAAAGGAUCAUCUCAAAUGUCUCUUGUUCCUGAGCUCUGAGCUCCAGGCGGCUCAGAUUGUGAGGAGCAGAGCAGACUCUCGUAAACAAGAAGAGGGUCCUGUUUGGGAGGAGCUCCUGGUCAUCUGUGAGACACUGAACCUGCCGGGGCCCAGAGGACAGGACGCAGCAGUGGUUCUGUCUCAAGUCCAAGACAAGGUUGAAAAAGUACUUAAAGAACUUCCAGAUGGCUCCAUUGAAAACCCAGUACUAAAGACAUCUCUACACAGUGAACAAUGGGAGAAGUUGUACAACAUUAACGCAGCUCUGUCUUCAGAAUACGAGUGUCGGCGCAGGAUGCUGAUCAAACGGCUGGACGUCACAGUUCAGUCCUUUGGGUGGUCGGACAGAGCCAAGGUAAGGGUGGACAGCAUGGCGAGGGCCUACCAGCCCAGGAGACACUCUCUGAAGCCUCAGUCCACCGUGGACAUGGCCCAGCUGCUGGCGGCCAGAGAGGAUAUCUGCAACGUGGUGAAGACCAGCAGCGGCUCCAGCACGGAGAAGACCAGCUGCGCUGUCAACAAGAUUCUAAUGGGGAGGGUCCCGGACAGAGGAGGACGUCCCUCAGAGAUGUCAGCCCCGGCUCCUGAGAUGCCACCCUGGAAAAAAAGAGAAGAUGGUGGACACGGUGGUGGCUGGGGAGGCCGUGGUGAUGGAGGCCGUUGGGGAGAGGAUGGAGGUGGAAGGAACCAAGGAGGACAUGGUGGACAAGAAGGAAAGAGAGGGCGGUACCAGUAUUAGUUUCGACCGACACUAUCUUGUGUGUCUUUUUAUAUAAGUGAUCAAAAAAUCAUAUUGGACAUGAACUGAACUCCACCGAGGAAGAAAAAGUAACUGUAUUUCUACUUUUUAAUUUUCUCAUCUCUCAAAAAUAACAGCAAUCAUUUUAGAAUUUCUUUUGCACAGGAGCAAAUGAUUUAACAGCGGCAUUGUGCCACAAUUCUGGAACUGUGUCCCAAAUCCAUAUUUCAUACUGACUCUAAGGAUGCUUCAGUGUGUAUGGUGUUUAGACUGCACACGUAACUACAUUUAACCUCAUUUAAAGUAUAUGUAUUGAACAAAAACUUUUAUUUUUGAGUGUUGAUGGACCCUGUCUUCCCAAAAUGCAAUGAACUUAAGAAAAGGGUGAACUGUUCAUAACUUUAAAACUAAUAGCAGAUGUUAGUCAAACAGCCCCAGAUAACCUAAUGUAUUAUUAUAAUCUGGGGGAAGCUAUAACCAGUUCAGUAGGUGUAUUUUCUUUUAUCAUAUCUGCAAAAAAGCCUGGAAAGGAUACUAUGAAAAUCUUUUUAUUGUUUACAUUUAUUUUGGAAUUUGGGACACGGCUUACAAUUCCACAGAUAUCAGAGGGAGGAACCACCGAUGAGAUGAACAAAGACACUACACAUGUUUUUUUCUUGGCAUAAAAUAACACGCUUCCCUUUUAAUCAUGUUAUUGUAUCAAGUGAUUUAAGGAUAGAGAACACAUCUUUGACUGAAGUCACUGCUACCUGUUAGAAAACUGAGGAAUCAGAAGAUUGGACUGAUCAGCUCUCGCCUCAUUUCCUUGAAGAUUCUGUACCAGCUAUGAUCUUUUCCACCUCUGAAUUUAUUUAAUAAAGACACCUUUCUAAAGUAAACUCUUUUAUUUUUGAUGCAACAGAUAUAGAAAUAGAGGCAGAAUAAUUCCUACCACAAGGGGGCAUGUGUGUGAUGAAUUAAAUAGAGAAACAAUGUAUUUCCAAAUAUUUAUUCUUGGCUGAAAAGAUUUUCUACACUUUUUUCCAAUGGCAUACCAUUUCUUGUUCAAUAGAUAGUUUAUACAGUUUGUACAAUAACCAAUAUUCAUAAAAGCAAAAUUGUACAUUAUGAACAACAGACCUGUACAUGGACAACAGUUCAAUCACUCUUCAGUCUCCACACUAAGACUCAUUCAGUAUCUUCAAACCAAAAACCUGAAACAAAUUCAUACGGGCGUUUAAAAAGAUCCAGUUGAACUCAUCUCAACUUCAGUUCAGAUGAGUUUCCUCCAGUUAAGUUAGAUCACUGCCCACGCGUCUGACACCAACAACAAGGCAAGACAAAUAAGGGGUUAAAAAUCACUUUGGCCACAUUAUAAAUUAAAUUGGUGUCUUGCAUUGAUAAUAAAGGCAAACAUAUUUCUAAUUGCUAAAAAGUAGUUUGACUUUAUGUAAACUUCGCGUGUACGCAUUGUUCCUGGACAGGUGAAUUCAUAAUUGGCUUUAAAUACGCUCUGUAGCUCGAGCAGGAAAGGGAAGUGUUCACUAAAAGUCAGGAUGCUAUUUGUAACAGCAGGAAUAA